AUGAGGCUUGGGAGAGGCCGGUCCGAGGGACAGGCUGGAGGAGUGGCCUGUGAGACCCGGAAGCUGGCGAGGCCUGUGGGUCCCGCAGGUCCAAGUGUGCGACCGCGCGUCUGGGGGGCAGCGGCGUUGGCGGGCCAUGCCUGGGGACUCCCAGUCGCUGUGGGAACUGGUGGAAGAGCACGUUCCGCUCCUGAAGCGGCCCGAAGUGAAGAGGAUUCUAGGGGAGACGACAGUGGAUCUGAGUCUGGAGCUACGGGCAGAGGAACCAGACUCAAGCUUGGGUCCAGUAUAGCCCCAGGGUCCUGCACUUUGCCUUGGAGGAGCCCAGGUGUGAUUUGCCAGAACAGGAGAUGUUCCAGCUGUCACUGGGACCUCAGCAUCAUCAAGGACCAGCUGAACGUGUCCCACACUGACCAGGCUGCUGGACACCUGCGCGCUGCCUCCGGUGCUGCGCUGUCCAUGUCCCAGGGCCCGCCUGGAGGAAGAGUGCCAUGCGCUAGAGAGGGAGAUUCCCAUCCUGCAGGCCACAGCUCUUGGAGUCCUCCAGCCAGGGCACCGGACUCCUGCCUUGCCUCCAUGGGGCUGCUGGAGUUUGGGCCAGGCUUCUCCAGUGCUGCCUGCCUGCUCCCCCUCUGGAGCGCUGCCCCAAACCUGCCACUGGGGAUGGAAGAGUCAGUGCCUCCUCGGGAAAAGGCCAGCUUCUGCUCUGAUGUCCAGUGCAGCGCCCCAGGCCCCAACCUGAAGGGCUGCUCAGGAAGGAGGCUUCAGCUUCCGAUGGAACUCGUCCUGUCUGCUACUGCUCUCUUUCAGCUGCCAGCGUCCAGCCCACUUCAGAUCUAGUCUAGGAUGAGCCCUCCCCAGGAUUCCACUGCUGUCUGUCUGUCUGGCCCCCACCCUACCUUCUCACCAGGACCUCAGUGUCUGGUCCUGACUGUCACAGCCUUUGGCUUUUCUCCUCCCAGGCAUCCCCCCAAAGGCCUGGCAGGAGGAGGUCUUGUCCCAACCCUGACUCAUGUCCCCCUGGAGGACCCAAACAAAGCACAGCAGCAGCGCAGAAACAGGAAUAGAAAUUUCAUUAAAACCUAUGGACUUUAAAAUCCUAGUGGUACGCAGAUGGUUGGGGGUG